CACUGAGUAUCUCUUCAUGAGAGAGAUGAGACUGUACAGAGAGUCAUAGACUACCACGGGAAAGAGUGAAGGGAGAGACAGGAAUCUCACGCACGAAGUAGCAACCGUAGUGUGUGAAGGGCAGUGGGAGCGAGGGGAACACAUGCCGACACAGAGGGAGGCAAACAAGACAACGAAACAAGAUCAGUUCGAGAGAGAGACUGAGUAGCUAACAUGGUCACCGUGAAACACUUAUCCAUCUACUCUUCUCUGUCCCUGGCGGUCCUGCUGAUACUGGGCUGUGUGCGAGAGUCCCAGGCCGGAGUGGUGGAGGACUUUAACCAUGUGGAGCGCUGUAAGGACUCCCUGUACAUGGGAACCCCACCUCGGGGCUACCUCCUCGGUAACUCCCUGAAGAAGCUCUGCCAGCGCUACGAGGACAAGCCCCGCUUCGUCACCCUCUACGACCCCCACAAACACAUCCCUGUCUACUCGGCCUAUACCUUCAAGAAGUCCGACGGCGAGAAGAGGGUCGACUUCCCCUGGAUGUUCGAGCCACAGUUGGCAUCAGAGAAGGGCAGUAGCAACAUGGAGCCGUUCCCCAGUCCUUCCCACAUGCACAUGAACUUUGAGGACAGCCAGGCGGUGCUGGAGGACUAUGCUGACGUGGUCCAGUACGAGAGAGGGCAUCUCAACCCCGACGAGCACCAGGCUGAUCCCCUGGACAAGGCCUCCACCUACACACUGACCAACGUGGUGCCCCAGAUCCGUGAGUUCAAUAUCGGGCCCUGGGCCGAGCACGAGGACCUCAUCCGCAAGCGCCUCAACAACUACUGCCGCGGCAAAGCCUACGUGAUCACCGGGGUCACAACCUCUGGGAACAUGAUCCGCCGUGACAACCUGGACCGCGUGGCCAUUCCCGAGUACAUGUGGUCGGCCUACUGUUGCACCGACUACGACCAGAACGCGCCCUACUUCCUGCGGUACAAGUUCCCGGCGUUCGGGGCCUACGGGCUGAAUGACCGCGUCAACAACCACCUGGUGGAGGUUCCGGUGAAGAACCUGGAGAAGUUCCUCAGGGGAAGGAUGGACGUGGACAAGAACUUCCAGAUCUUCUACAACGACUGUGUGCCUGACUCAUAGUGAGCAACCCUGUGAUAGUGAUUGCAAUCAUGCCAGCCUCAAUGUCACCUCUACAUUGUAAUCUACUUUCUGUAUCGAGUAGAUUCUGAAAAUAUGAAUGUAGCCUGUGGGUGAGUUGUUGCUUACAAGCAAUAAAGAUGAUCUUUCAAACCUUG